AUGAGCGACACCCCACGCGCUGCCCACGGUCGCAGCAGCGCCAGCCCGCACCCCGUCGACCGCCCCCGCAACUUGCUGCUGCUGGCGGAUGACGACGACGAUGACAUGGACUACGUGCCUGCCGAGUCGGGCGAAGACGCCGAGUCUCUGAUCGAGGACGAGUUCGACGAUGGCGACUUCCAUGAUGCCGAGGAGAGCCUGAGUAACGUUUCGCUCAGCUUCACCACCAUAGCCGCUCCGGCCGACGACAAUGAAGACCUCGAAGCCAACGACGACGACGACGACGACGACGACGACGACGACGAAGACGACGACGACGAAAUUGAAGACGACGACGUCGACCUCGACGGGCCCCACGGCCGUUCCGUCUAUAUCACUCGCGAUCAGAUAAUGCAGCUGCUGGGCCAUGCUGGCCUUCGUCGAAUCUUCGCCGAUCACGCCUCCGGCCGGCGCGCCGCCCUGGACGACGACGACGACAGCGAGACCGACAACACGGGCUAUGGCGUCGUCGGCGCUCGCCGCCGGCGGGGCAAAGGUCGCAAGGCGUUCGAAAAGGUGCCCAGCGACGCGGGCCGGAAGCUCAUGGCUUCGGGCACCUUUGGCGCAAACGAUCGCCCAGAAGACUCGUAUCUCCGCAGGAAGAAGCUGGCUUACCGCUUGAUGCGGAGGGAACUGGGCCUGGACUGCGUCGGUCGCCACCGGCUGAGCAGUAAUCUCAUCUCCCAGAGCCUCAUUCCGUCUUCCAAGGCCGACACCAUCAUUCAUUACGAUGCGCGUUGCUACUCGGGCCAGUUCUCCAAUGACGGCAACUUCUUCUUCUCGUGUGCCCAGGACUUCAAGGUCCGCAUGUACGACACGUCCAAUCCAUACAAAUGGAAGUAUUACAAGACCGUCGAGUAUCCCUAUGGCCAAUGGACCAUCACCGAUGCCUCUUUGAGUCCGGACAACAAGUUCCUUGCCUACAGUUCCAUUCGUAGUAUAGUCUGCCUUGCUCCCACAGAUCCCGGUGAUAGUUCAGAGCCGCACCUUUUGGAUUUCUCCAAUACCGGGACGCGCGGAAGGCGAGGCUUCCAUUCAUAUCCUUACUUUGGUAUCUGGUCCCUCCGCUUCUCCGGUGACGGACGCGAAAUAGUGGCAGGAACCGGCGACCGCUCGGUAUACGUCUACGAUAUCGAGCGUGGACAGUCGAUCCUGCGGAUCCCCGGCCACGAUGAUGACGUGAAUGCCGUGUGCUAUGGUGAUCCAAACUCGCCACACAUCCUGUACUCGGGCUCCGACGACACGACGCUGAAGGUGUGGGAUCGCCGCAGCAUGGGCGACGGCCGCGAGGCGGGCGUGUUCCUCGGCCACACCGAGGGCUUGACUUACGUCGACAGCAAGGGCGACGGCCGCUACGUGCUCAGCAACGGCAAGGAUCAGACGGCGAAGCUGUGGGACCUGCGCAACAUGAUGAGCGCCCGCGAGGCCGACAAGAUCGACGUCAACCAGUUCACGACCGGCUUCGAGUAUCGCACCAACUCCUACGACGAGACCGACUACCGGCCCCAUCCGCACGACCGAUCGCUCGUCACGUUCCGCGGCCACUCGGUCCUCAAGACGCUCAUUCGCUGCCACUUUUCUCCGCCUGGCAGCACCGACUCGAGAUAUGUCUACUCGGGAAGUUACGAUGGAUCUGUCUACGUAUGGAACCUGGACGCGACGCUUGCCGGAAAGGUCGAUGUGCUCAAGGCGACCCGGAACUCGCGCCCCCGCGAUGCCGAUCUUCUGGCCGAGACGUACGACUUCAUCGGCCGCAACGGUGGGACCUGGCAGACAUGUGUGCGUGAUGCAAGCUGGCAUCCUAAUGCGCCUGUCAUCGCGGCAACGUCUUGGAACGGUUGGGGGACAUCUCUUGGCACGUGCACUGUGCACACAUGGAAUGACGGUAUGGAAGACGACGAAGGGGAUCCAGCCAUGGGCCAACGCGUCAACGCCCAGCUGGCGCAUGAUCCGGAGCUGUACGGAGGCACCGAUGGUAGCAGAAGAGCGAGCUAUUUCUCGAGGAGAAUGAGGGCUAGAAGGAUCGACGACGAUUGA